AUGGAUGACUUACCGAGUGAACACCAGCGGAUGAUACGCCGCCACCACCGGGAGAAGAAAGAGCUACAGGCUCGCAUCCAGAGCAUGAAAAACUCCGUCCCCAAGAGCGACAAGAAGAAAAGAAAGCAGUUGCUCCUAGACGUGGCCCGCCUUGAGGCCGAGAUGGAGCAGAGGCACCAGCAGGAGUUGGAGAGGUUCCAAGAGAACUUCCCAGACAACAGUGAUCUUGAUUCAAUCACUGAAGAUCUGGCCAAGAUGGAUCUCGAGAACCAACCUCCCCGAGUUUCCAGAGCACAGAAAAGACGGGAAAGAAGGGCAGCCCUGGAGAGAGAUAGCCUGGAAAGAAUCGCUAAAGCAGAAAUGGAGCAUAUGGCCAGCUUCCGUCGUGAGGAGGAGAAGAAGGUCGCUGCCAUUCUUGAAUCCAAGAAUCUGGAGAUGAAGGAUAUACCUGCUGAUGGCCACUGUAUGUACCGUGCCAUCCAAGAUCAGCUGGCGUUCUCUAUGACGGUGGAGAGCCUGCGCUGCCGCACUGCUGAGUAUAUGCAGAAACAUGUCGACGACUUCUUGCCCUUCUUCAGCGACCCAGAGACGGGUGGCACCUACACCCGCGACGACUUCUUGAGCUACUGCGAAAACAUCAAACGCAGUGCAUCAUGGGGAGGCCAGCUGGAGCUGAGAGCCCUGUCUCACAUCCUGCAGAUGCCCAUCAAAGUGAUCCAGGCCGAUUCACCCAUCAUCGUCAUUGGGGAGGAGUACAAGAAGAAACCACUCAUCUUGGUCUAUCUACACUAUGCCUGCAACCUUGGAGAGCACUACAAUUCGGUGAAGCCACUCGAGGCUGGCGCUGUCGGUGGUGCAGCUCCUCGACUCUUCUAG